AUGCAGUUCAGCAAGCUGUUUGUGUCACUGGAGCUUGUGCUCUUGGCUAGAGAUAGCCUUGCCGCGGGAUGUAUGAAUCCUAUUGUGCGGAAAGAAUGGCGGGACCUGACCAAGCCUGAACGAGCGGAUUACUUGUCUGCCGUUCAGUGUUUGUCUUUCCUUCCUGAUGUCACUGGCGGUCUCGAGAAUGCAACCAAUCUUUAUCAAAGUUUCCAGGCUACUCACUCUCAACAGACUCUGUAUAUUCACUGGGUGGGCCACUUUGUUCUUUGGCACCGGUAUUUCCUCUCGACAUAUGAGAUGUAUCUAAGAGACUCGUGUGGGUAUAAAGGGGCGCAGCCGUACUGGAACUGGGCCUUAGAUGCCUCUUCUACAGACAACUCAUCGAUGAAGAUCUUCGAAACAGAAAUCUUCGACAGCGAAUAUGGUUUUGGUGGAAAUGGCGAACCAUUCCUCCCAGCCACUGCUGCCGAGAACCCUUUCAACUUGACCGGCCGUACUGGUGGAGGUUGUGUUCAGGAUGGACCAUUCCGCCAGGGCAUAUUUGAUCUGAACGUCAAGCACCCGAAAGGAAAGCCGGACUGUCUUCGCCGUGACUAUAUCCCGUGGAUUAUGAACUACUUUGCUCGCCAGAAUUUGGUUGAUUAUGUUCAGAGCCAGCCUGACUACACCACGUUUGCUCGGGCUCUCGAGAAUAUUCCCAGUUUCUCUCAGCCUAAUAUCCAUGGGAGUGGACACUUCGGUGUCGGUGGUGUUUUAGGUACGCUGGGUAACUCUGCUCUCAGUCCUGGUGGUACGUGA